CAUUAAAAUAUCUCGAAAAAUACAUUCUUCAAUUCGAUAUAACGAUAAUUUGUAAUUGAAAAUCAAAUAUUUUUCAGUUGAAAAGAAUUUAUAGAAUAUAUGCACCGAAAAAUUAAAGCCUAGUACAGACACGCGACACAAUCUUAUUGCAACGACAAUGCUAUACAAUACAAUUUGAUAACUUCAUCAUACAUAUUUUUAAGGAUGCAGUACACGCAUUCACACAAUUCUGUUAUUAAAUAUGUUGAAUGUCGCACGAUUCAAAUUAAUCCACGUGUACACCGAAGAUACAUUCCGUCAAUUGUUUUACUAGAAAUAUUGACCUCUGACAGUCGUUCAUGGCGGCAUGCAACGUGUUAAAACUAUAAAGCUGCUGAGUGCCGAAUCGUAGUGUCCCCACUGUAAAAUCGUAACAGCAUCAUGUAGUUCAUCCUCAAAAAACUUACAUAUAGCACUUGCAAAGUACAACGAUCGCUCGAGAAUGUCGCAGAUUAUAUGGAUAUGGUGUUUGAUUGUGUCAGUGGCAGAUUUGACAUUGGCCCUUGAAAAUGGUCUGGUGAAAACACCACCCAUGGGCUGGCUCGCCUGGGAACGAUUCAGGUGUAACACAGACUGCAAAAAUGAUCCAGAUAAUUGUAUCAGUGAUCGGCUCUUUCGUACAAUGGCAGACAUUGUUGUAGCAGAAGGCUAUGCAGAAGUUGGAUAUGAAUAUAUCAAUGUUGAUGAUUGCUGGCUAGAGAAAGAUAGAAGUGUUAAUGGUCAGUUAGUGCCAGAUAGGCAAAGAUUCCCGUAUGGUAUGAAAAAUCUUGCAAAUUAUAUUCAUUCAAAAGGUCUUAAGUUUGGAAUUUAUGAGGAUUUUGGUAACUACACAUGUGCUGGAUAUCCUGGAAUAUUGGGGUACUUAGAAACUGAUGCUCUUACUUUUGCAUCAUGGGAUGUUGAUUAUGUAAAAUUAGAUGGAUGUUAUUCACAUCCUUCAGAGAUGGAUAGAGGAUAUCCUGAAUUUGGAUUCUAUUUAAACCAAACUGGUCGACCAAUGGUAUACUCCUGCAGUUGGCCAGUUUAUCAAAUUUAUGCUGGCAUGCAGCCAAAUUUCACUGCUAUAACAGAACAUUGUAAUUUAUGGAGAAAUUUUGAUGAUAUACAAGAUUCGUGGAAUAGUUUAGAGACCAUAAUAGAUUAUUAUGGAAAUAAUCAAGAUGCAAUAGUACCAAAUGCUGGUCCUGGUCAUUGGAAUGACCCUGAUAUGUUAAUUAUUGGAAAUUUUGGACUAAGUUAUGAGCAGAGCAAAACGCAAAUGGCAUUAUGGGCAAUAUUAGCGGCGCCUCUAUUAAUGUCCGUUGAUCUACGAACAAUUAGGCCCGAGUACAAAGCUAUUUUACAAAAUAGGAAAAUCAUUGCUGUAGAUCAAGACCCGUUAGGUAUACAGGGUCGACGAAUUUAUAAACACAAAGGUAUUGAAAUUUGGGCAAGACCUAUAACUCCCGUUUAUCAGAAUUACUACUCUUACGCCAUAGCGUUCGUAAACAGAAGAACGGAUGGUACACCGUCUGAUGUAUCUGUUACGUUAAAAGAACUCGGAUUACAAUAUCCUGGAGGAUACAAUGUAGAGGAUCUAUAUGAAGAUGUGAAUUAUGGCAUUUUAACGCCGCAAACAAAAAUAAAAGUCAAAGUUAAUCCUUCCGGAGUUGUGAUAUUACGGUGCGAUUUACAUUUAGAGGAUAUUUUCUCCACAAAUCAAUUUUCGCAAUUUACGCCGUCAAAUCAAUUGUUCAAAGUUAGACAGAACUCAUUUAAAUAAUACGAACUAAGUGUUAACGAAUUUAAUCUGUAAUUUACAUCUCUUUUUGUAAUAUUUGAUAAAAGAACGUUACCAUACUCUGUUAAGAAAGUAGGAAAUAAAGAAUUUUGUAAUCUGUAA